GGGCUUGAACGGGAACCGGGGCCGGCCUCGCUGCGGAGCCCCUGCCCGCUCUCCCCGGCACACCGACAGCGGCUGCCGGGGCUACUGCAGCGGGGCCGCGACCCCUCGAGUCUCCCGGCAGCGGCCCCCGCGGCUGCGCGGGGCACAAGCUGGGCUCCGGGUCCCGGCAGCCAUGCCCUUGUCUCCCUCCCGGGCACGGAGCCGGGGCCCGGCGGGGCGGCGAAGCGCGCCGAGGGACCGGGAGCGGCAGCACCGAGCCCAGCUCCGGCUGAUGGACGCUCCAGCCCCGCAUGGCUGCAGCUGCAGCUCCAGCCCCGUGUGAUUUCGGCUCCCGAUGCCGCCCGCUCCAGCUCCGGCUCCUCCACGCUCCGGCCGAUGGACGUCCCACCUCGUCCCACCCCUGCCCGCUCCGGCCGAGAGACGCUCCUGCUCCUGACAGCCCCGGGGGCUUUUGUCCAGCUCCGGCCCUGCGUCAUUUUGGGCCCAGCCGAGACACCGGACGUUCCCGUUUCUCACAGCUCCAGCCCUACAGCUCCUCCCAGCUCUGCCCAAUGGACGCUCGAGCCCUGCGUGAGCUCCUGCUGCUUCCAGCUCCAGGCGCCGGAUGCUCGGCUGGUUCCCCUCCUGCUGAUGGGCCCCCAGCUCGGAGUCAGAGCUGCUCCCCAGCUCUGGGGGCUGGUGAUGAGGUCGUAAAUCAAUCACUGUCAUCGCUCAAGUACCACCCCUGUCUGCCCCUUGAAUAAAGCCUCGGUGCCCCCAUUUUUGCCCAGA